CUAGUUUGAUUUAUCGCUAAAGGUUAAAUUUUAACCAUUUAAAAAACCCCCAACAAUAAUCAUUAUACACGUAGCCAACUUUAGUGAGGAAAUAAACAGAGUAACUGAGAUCACUCACUCACUCACCCAGGCCAGUUCUCUCAAACCAUGAAAACAACCCAACAGUACUCCGAACCCAACUUUAGUGACCUUGAGCAUGCACCCAACCACACUCAUGUCACUCCAUUACUAAACCAGACCAAACCACCACUAGCUGAUGCCAUAAGAAAGCAGUUGUUCAUCAGGGUUCUGUCUGUUAUCACAUUGGUUUCUCUGUUUUUUGUUUCUGCUUUUGUACUCAUUGCCAUCAGCCAACCGGAUUCCAGUGCCACAGUCAGCAAUUCAGCACCGGAGGAGGUGGAUAAACCUUCUCUGCAGCAUUCGCAAUCUGAUCGGUUAAAAUGGGAAAGAACUGCUUUCCAUUUUCAGCCUGCCAAAAAUUUCAUCUACGAUCCUAAUGGUCCAUUAUUUCACAUGGGUUGGUACCAUCUUUUCUAUCAAUACAAUCCUUACGGGCCUGUUUGGGGCAAUAUGUCAUGGGGUCACGCCGUGUCCAAAGACAUGAUCAAUUGGUUUGAGCUUCCAGUUGCUCUGGUCCCAACUAAAUGGUAUGACAUUGAAGGGGUUUUAUCCGGAUCCACCACAGUCCUUCCCAACGGGCAGAUCUUUGCAUUGUACACGGGCAAUGCUGAAGAUUUCUCCCAAUUACAAUGCAAGGCUGUCCCUGUCAACACAUCUGACCCACUUCUUGUUGAAUGGGUCAAACACGAAGAUAACCCAAUCCUAUAUACUCCACCAGGGAUUGGGUUAAAAGACUACAGGGACCCAUCAACAGUUUGGACAGGUCCCGACGGAAGGCAUAGGAUGAUCAUGGGAACUAAACGAGGCAGUACCGGAAUGGUACUAGUUUACUAUACCACAGAUUUCACUAACUAUGAAUUAUCGGACGAGCCCUUGCACUCAGUCCCAAAUACGGAUAUGUGGGAAUGUGUCGACUUUUACCCUGUUUCAUUAACAAAUGAUAGUGCACUUGAUAUGGCGGCCUAUGGGUCGGGUAUCAAACAUGUGAUAAAAGAAAGUUGGGAGGGACAUGGAAUGGAUUGGUAUUCAAUUGGGACCUAUGAUGCAAAAACUGAUAAAUGGACCCCUGAUAACCCCGAAUUAGACGUGGGUAUUGGGUAUAGAUGUGAUUAUGGAAGGUUCUUUGCAUCAAAGAGUCUUUAUGACCCGUUGAAGAAAAGAAGGGUCACUUGGGGUUACGUUGGAGAAUCAGAUAGCGCGGACCAGGACCUCUCUAGAGGAUGGGCUACCAUUUAUAAUGUUGGAAGAACAGUGGUUCUAGAUAGAAAGACCGGAACCCAUCUACUUCAUUGGCCAGUAGAGGAAAUUGAGACUUUGAGAUCCAAUGUUCGUGAAUUCGAGAUUGAACUUAAGCCAGGUUCAAUCAUUCCACUCGAAAUAGGCUCAGCCACUCAGUUAGACAUAAUUGCGACAUUUGAGGUGGAUGAAGAUGCGUUAAAAGCUACAAGUGAAACCAAUGAUGGAUACAGCUGCACCACAAGCUCGGGUGCAGCUGAAAGGGGAAGAUUGGGACCAUUUGGGGUUGCGGUUCUUGCAGAUGAAACCCUUUCAGAGUUAACUCCCGUGUAUUUCUACGUAGCUAAAAAUAGCAAUGGAGGUGUAACAACACAUUUUUGUACCGAUAAGCUAAGGUCAACACUGGAUUAUGAUGGCGAGAGAGUGGUGUACGGGAGCACUGUCCCCGUGCUUGAUGAUGAAAAACCGACGAUGAGGAUAUUGGUUGAUCAUUCGGUAGUAGAGGGGUUUGCACAAGGAGGAAGGACGGUAAUAACAUCGAGGGUCUAUCCCACAAAGGCAAUCUACGAAGGCGCCAAGCUCUUCUUGUUCAACAACGCAACAGGAACCAGCGUAAAGGCUUCUCUCAAGAUUUGGCAAAUGGCUAGUGUCCAAGUUCAGCCUUACCCAUUUUAAUUAAUCCUUAUUAAAUCUUAUCUGCCUACUAUUUUUACUAUGAUUACUUGUAAUGUAUUCUACGAGUAUUUCGUUACUAGUGAUAUUGUAUUCUAGUAUUCAGCUUUUGAGUAAUAACAGAAGUUUUGAUGUA